CUAUGGGCGUGGUUGUGUUAUCGUUUACAUGAUGUUUAUGUGCACUGAUCGAAGCCAGGUAACUUGAAGUUUGUGUUGGAGCAUGAUCCAGUUUGUGGAAACUCAGACGUUUAUUGGAUUUAUGAAAACGCAACGCAUCAUCAUCAGCUGAUGAGCCAGUGUGGGCUAGAAAACUACUCUACACUGGUUAAUGCUUCCUUUUUGAUUUCAAGUAGGAAUGGAUGCCACGCAGGCGAUCAGUGACUCGAUCCUAGAAUCUGAGGAGGAGGAAAAUGAAGAGGAAAACCAGAAUGAAACAAGGAAGCCAUUGGCCAAACUGUGCGUCCUAAGAAACCCUCACAUCCCCGAGAAAGAGUUUCCUCUCUUCCUGGGAGAUAAUAUUCUGGGCCGUGACCCCAACAUCUGCACAUUACAGUUGCUCGCACCCUCUGUGUCCAAGCAGCAUGCUACGGUCAGCAUCUCUGUGUACCGCAGAAGAGGCCGUGACAGUAAAGAGGGCAUGGAGGCCCUGGUUUGGGACCUAGGGAGCAUGAAUGGGACCCGUAAAGGACACCUAAAGCUCACCCCUCAUGUGCGCUAUGCCCUCAGUGAGGGCGACACCUUGGUUUUUGGGAACAUCCCAUGUCAUUAUGUAAGCCCCAGGUCGGAGGAAAAGAGAAUGCCUAUUAUAGGUGGGUGCCUCUCUAUUGAGCAAACUCCAGUUCAACCCCACGGGACUUUGGUACCGGAAUCUGAUUCAGACUCGGAGAGUGAAAGAGGAGCGAGACGAGACAGAAAACAGAAGACCAUUGUGUCUGAUUCAGACUCCCACAAGUCCAGUCCCAGCUCUUCUGCAUUCUUAAGUCCCCCAAAUAAAGUUGUACCUGAAAGUGAAGAUGAAAGCCCCGUAACGCCGUCCUCCUCCUGCAAGAAUUUGUCAAACAGACAUGUAAGUUUCAGCCUGGAGGAGACGGAUGGCGACGUGGGCCGACAGCGUCCGGAGAAAGACACGACAGCUGCAUUUGUGGAAAACCAUGAUGAGAAAGUCGAAGGAGCAGCAGAAGAAAAUGGAAAUGAUUUGAAAAUCCAUCAGCCCCUUAAUGAAGACGGCGAGUCACCUGGGUCAACGUCAGUGUCCCGAGACGCCAUCCCUGAAUUUAACCUGGACAGUGACACUGAUGUGGAGGAAGGAGAGGAAGAGGUGUCGCAUGUGACGCAAAACGAUCAACCCCCAAACCCAGUCCUUUCACACAUGGACAGUGACACUGAUGUGGAUGACGAUACAUCGGAUAAAGUUCCAAAAACUUCUCCUGCUGAUGAAGAAACAUCAAAACCCUCUGCUAUUCAACUUGAAGGCAUCGCAAUGGACAGCGACACUGAUGUGGAUGAUGAUGCCAACGUCUCAUCCAAAGCAACAUUAUUUCAGGGUCAGCACACUACUAACUCAGCCCCCUCAUUGCAGCUCAGAGAUUUCCACUUGGACAGCGACACAGAUGUGGAUGAGCAAGAAGACGGAGGAGAAGGAGCGAAAAAGGAAGAUCCUAAAACAGACAAAGCUCUCAACGAUCCAUCUGAUAAACCCACACCUACUGUACCUCACUGCAUCCAAUCUGAUCUGCAUCCAAGCGAUGACGGCUGUAAUGAAGCGGUGGAUGACCCCUCCAUGGCUGCUUCUGGCGCAUCUUCGGAGGGGAGAGCCGGUCUGGAUAUUUUGUCUGAUAGUGACACAGACGUAGAGGAAGACCGCCCCCCUGCUAUCUCUGCUGCUCCUGUAUCAGGAGCUCUGGAGCCGGAUUCCAGUAAAGACAGAGAUGUUAAGGAACCUCUCCUUCCCCAAGCUGAAGCCAAGGGCAGUCCAGCUGACCUUCAGGUGGAAAGUGACACUGAUGUGGAGGAUGAGGAGGCAGUGGAGCGCCAGAUCCCAAACCUGCUCAGAGAAAAUACUCCUGGGUCUCUGGUUCCUCUGCUGCAGAACUGUUCUACACCUGUUCAGCUUUCAGAAGGAGAGGUUGAGCAGAUGGAAACUCAAGCCUUCACAAGCCCAACAUCAGGUGCACAUCGAUGUAGGUUUAACACAUCUAUUUCUAAUUCAUGUUGCUUUGUACUGUUUGCAGUUUUUUUGUGUGUUCUUCUGAACAAUGCUGGGACUACUUCUUUAGGAGCAGUGGUAUUUUCCUCCUGCUCAGACAGCCAGGAGGAUGGAGACUAUGACGUGGCUGAGACUCAGUCCUUCAUUUUUCAGGAUAGAGAUAGCUACAAAGGGUUGAACCCAGAGCUAGCCUCUGAAAUCGAGUCCUCUGCUGUCCAACCUGAGGAGACUUCCACCAGAGGAGAUUCCUUCCAGCUGGGUCUGUCUGAUAGCAGCCACUUACAGGGUGAGUUUAAAGCUGUGGCCAUGGAGAACACCCAGGCUUACAUCUCAGAAGAUGGAGUUAACCUGGAGGACACUCUGGAGUAUGUGGAAGGAAAUUCUCCUACCCUGGAGGCCACUCAGCCCUACGGCGAUGACGUGGGGCCUUCUAGAUGUUUAGAAAUGUCCAGGAAAGAAGGCUGUGGUUCUUUGGCUAUGGAAGCAACUCAAGCUUAUAUCCCAGAGGCUUAUGACGAAGGUUCAAAUGAAGAUGCAAAACAAAACUCUGCCAAGACUGAAAGCGUGGUUUCCACAUGCUCGUCAACACUUCCUUUGGCUGAAACUCAGACAGUUUCUUCCUCUUCUUCUGAGCCUAAUAAUCCAGUUGGUUCCUUAGAACCUGCUCAAACCGGAGUGCGAAACGAAACAGAGGAGCUUCAAGAAUCUCAGUCAGUUGCUGUUACACAACCCAUGUGUCAAAGUGAUGAAGAGGAGAGGGAUGCUGAGGGGUUGUCAUCACCGUUCCUGAAACCUGCAGAGGAGCAGAAACAUCACACAACCUCCUCAGCCUUAUCCCUCGCUGAAACCCAGCCCAUGUGUACGAGUGACGAGGAGGCGAGCGAUGAUGAUGGGUUGUCUGCAGAGUCCCUACAGCCUCUAAAAGUGGAGACACAGCCAGUCACCCAUUCAGCCCUGACUCUGGCGGAAACUCAGCCUGUGGAUGUUGAUGCUGAGGAAGCUCAGUCGACAGAUUUAGGUGAAGGUGACGCAAGUAACGCUGAGGACUCUGAGAUGCUGCUUCCCCGAAAAAGAAAAGCAAAACAGCUACAUAUUGAUGAAGAGGAGUCGCAGGAGACUGCUGAAACCCAGCCUGUCUGUCCAAGUGAUGAUGAUGACGAUCUGGACUCGAUGCCGUGCCUACGGAAAAGGAAAGCAAAGCCCCUGCAGCUGGAAGACGAGACUCAGUCACUUGUUGGUUCUCAAAGUUCUGCUCCUGAACUUCAGCCUUCAGCAACAUGUGAAGAAGAGCAAAGCAGCGAAGACUUUAUUACAACCCGAAAACGGAAAGCAAAGCAGCUGAACAUCGAAGAUGAGCAGACUCAGCCUCUGAUUAGCUCUGAAGCUGAAGAUAAAGGUCUGUCUGAAAGGGUUCCAGAAGCUGCUGGAGUUUCUGCUGUUGAAGCUCAGGCAGAAGUAAGAGAUGGAAAAUGUGAUGUUGGUGAAUCCAUAACUUAUGCAGGAAAAAGAAAAGAAAAGCAGCUGCAUCUUGAAGAGGAGGAGAUACAGCCAAUCACUGUUUCUGAAGUCUCUCUGACUAAAUUUCAGAGAAAAGCUGACGCGACGAAUGUUUCACCAAGUAGGAACGAAACGAGGGAACAAAACAAGUCUGACAGUGGCAGCUGUCAGAAAGAGAUGAAAGCAGCCAAUCGACAGACAAGAGGGAGAAGAAAUGUAAGGAAACAGGAAGAAGAUGAUGAAGAGGACAAAAACAAGAGCACUGAAAAUGAGAGCCAGAUAAAACAGCAAAGAGAUAAGAAACAAGGGGAAGACAUAGCAGAAGAACAUGUGGCAACAGAAAAGGAGAGGGAAGAGCUGGUAAAUGAAACACAAACAAAAAGAAGAAAGAGAGAGGAGAAGAAAUCCCAACAUGAGAUAGAAGAUCAAAGGGAAGCGAGUUUGGAGACGAGGAAGCAGGAAGAACCCGAAGCAAGACUGGAGGAAACGGCAAAAUCUGAAGAAAAACAACUUCAAGAAUCAAAAAAUAAUAAUGAGGAAGAGGAGAACCACAGAGGUUCUUUAAGAACCCGAAGAUCAAGAGGCCGGGGUGGAGCCGGGCCCCAUCAAAGCUCGACCUUCUCAGUGAGUGAGGACGUCCCUGCGAGGAGAACCCGCUCCAGCUCGGUCAGUUCAGAGAGGUCAGUCUCCAGCAUCAACGACAAAACCCAGGAGAGCAAAGGAAGAGGGAGAGGAGCGAAGAGGAGCAGCGAUACCCCCCAAACAGCUGUGAGGAGCAGCAGACGAAGGACGACCACAGCAGCAGCAGAGCAGGACGGUGAAGCUCAGAUGCUCAGUGCUAGUCCAAAAGCCUCCAGUUUUAAGGCCUCCAGCACCACCUCCCAGAACAGAGGAAGAGGAGGAAGACCUCGAGGAAGAGGAAGGAAAACAUCUCAGUCCAACAUUAUUGCUCCUGACAUUAGAGAUUCCACAGAGAGGAGCAGAUUGUCAGAAAGCUCCUCCACUGAUGUUCUGCAGCAAGACAAAAGGCAACCCAGCGCUCAGCUCACUGUUACCAGUAGGGGGCAGCAGCGGGUCGGUGCCAAAGGAUCUGAAGAUUUAGCUCUGAAUAAUAAAGACCGUAAAAGAAAUCAGGAAAAAGCUGAAGAUCUAAAUAUCUCUCUGCCUAAGAGGAAUUCAAGGAGCACAGGCCCAAAAGCAGUAAAAACUGAACCUGUGGAGGAAACUGAAGCUCCUACAGUUAGUUAUGGGGAGGAGACCAGAGACAAGUGCAAAGCAAACACGGAAGCAGAUGGAGAGCAGAAACCAAAAGAGGAGCAAAAAGAAGAGAUUCCUUUUGCCAUCCCAGGAAGGAGAACUAGCAGAGCCUUAAGCACUCGGGUGAAGAAAAGUGAAAAAUCCCUCCAAAAAAACCAGGUAGAAGAUGGGAAGAUGGGAGCAGUGAGCACUGCUGAGAAGAGAACCAGGGCCGGAUCCUCAGAGGUCCAGAAAAAUAAGAUGCAGGGGCUGCAGGAAACUAAAGCAUCCGACUCUUCCAUGGAACAGGAUGGAGCUGAGGAGGUAGCAGAGCACCCUCAGACCCCGGCCGCGACUCCUUCCAGGAAGCGACGAGUUUCUUCAAACUCCUCCCCCGUGGCAAAGACACCUCGCUCCUCCUCUGCGUCUCCUGCUACGAUUAGCCGACUGGGCCACCGGAGCCCAGCCUACAAGGUCCUAUUCACCGGAGUGGUGGAUGAAUCUGGAGAGCGAGUGCUGGCUCGUUUAGGAGGCGCCAUGGCCAAAGGCGUCUCAGACAUGAACUGCCUUGUGACGGAUAAAGUGCGAAGGACGGUGAAAUUCCUGUGCGCCGUGGCUAAAGGUGUCCCAGUCGUCACCACACAAUGGCUGGAAAAGAGCGGUAAGGCUGGAAGCUUCCUUUCUCCGAAUGCUUUUGUUGUAAAAGACCCGGAGCAAGAGAAGAAGUUCAGCUUCUCCCUGCAGGAGUCUCUGAGGGCUGCCAGCGGCCAGCCUCUUCUGCAGGGAUAUCAGAUCCACGUCACAAAGUCAGUAAAGCCUGAACCAGUUCACAUGAAAGACAUCAUCACCUGCAGCUGCGCCACAUUUCUACCAAAGAUGCCCAAAGCUCACAAGCCUCUGACCGUAGUGAUUUCCUGCGAAGAGGACCUGCAUCUGUGUGUCCCCGCCAUGUCCGCAUCUCUUCCCGUCGUCACCGCUGAGUUUAUCCUCACCGGGAUCCUGCAGCAGAGAGUGGACUUACAGACUCAUGCACUUUCUGCCCCUGCAGCCAGGCUGGAACCUGCUGAGGGCAGAGGGAGAGGCCGAAGGAAGACUUAGUAGACCGUGUCACUGUGAAUAUAGGCUCAAGAUGUUUGAGUUUGUAUGUCUCUUUAAGCUUAGAUUAAAAUUGCAGAAUGUUUGUCUGCUUCAAGGACUCAAGAAUGUAUUUACCAUCAAAUAUGAAUGCAAACAUAUUUUCUAGGUACAGUUUUUCUGCUUCAGCCAUUUAUGAGUCAUUCUGUUUGCUUAGAAAUGUUAAUUCCUAGAGGCUGAAAAGCACUAGAGAAACAGUAGAGGCUGGGAGAUGAAGCCUCUCCUCUGACUCAGAAGUCCUGCUGUGUUUUAAGCUUCUCACCCCGUGUAUGUUUAGUGAAAGAAAAAUGCCUCUGAGGGCAUCAAUAAGAGUUUUCAUCCAGUUCUGUCAGGUAGACCCAGGAAGUGGAGGAUGUUUAAAUCAUGUUUGUAUUAGAGCAGUUGUGUUUGUAGGCUCUUUAUUGAAAUCCAUCUACUCCAGAUAUCUGUAGAUGCAACAGGGUUGUUUCCUGUCCUGAUACAAAGUGCAUAGUGCCUUUUAUACCUCAGAUAACCAUCAACUCACCAGUGUGUCUAUUGCUCCUGUCUCCAUUAAGCAGCUCCACUCCAUUAAGGCGUUAUUCAAUCUCAUCGCCUUGAGGGAGAGAUGCACACCGUGUUGUCUUCCCACUGCUGAUGCUGCUUCUGCAGCAACAUUUCAUCCUGUUUGUCCAAUACACACCUUCACUAGAUGUGAACGCCUGCCCGUAUGCAGAGAUCUCAUGGGUUUAUGGUCUAACCUGCUAUAAAUGGUCCUUUAAAGAUUCAAUCAAAGUGUCUUUUUUUUUGUAGAGCCGUUGCCUUGACUUUAAAAAAUGUAUAAAAUCAUGAACACAUUAAAUAUUUUGUAUGUAUCUAUCUUUUCUAUACUUUGUUUUAUUUCAUCUUAAGUCUACAGUGAUUUUCACUCAUCUUGGAAGAUCUCAGAACCAAACUGAAAGAGCCUAUUUAUAUUGUACCACAGAAAAUCUGCAAUUUCGAAAUCCAUAAAGCCUUUUGAUUUCUUUUUAUUAUUCAAUGGCUCAACAAAAUGCCAAACAUUGCAAUAUAUUUUAUUAAAACUAGCAAAACUG